AUGGCGCACAAUGAAAAUGCUACUGUUGAUGACCAUGAUCGCUUUUUCAAGUGGGCAGUUGCCAAUGGCAUCCAAGUAAAUGGUGUCACCCCCGCAGAUUUCCUGGACGCGGCAGACGAAAUAAUGCUCACAGUCCCCGUGUCAACAAUGCUCAACAUUGACAGUAUCCCCGAGGGAUUCGCUGACCGCUUUCCAAGCACAGCAUCUAACCAUUCAAUUCUUGCUGCAUUCUUGACACACGGAGAUCCCAAAUUGCUUGAGCAAUGGGAUCUGUGGCGCAAGAUAUGGCCAUCGAUGCAGGACUUCGCUGACUCGUUGCCUUCGAUGUGGCUUGAGGGAUCCAGUCCUUCCAGUGAACUUGAAAUUCCAUUGCCUCCUUCCAUCUCUGGAAAGUGGAAUACAUCGACUAGGUCUGCGUAUGGCGCUAAUAGCGAAGACACGUACCAGAACGUGCUGGUGCAACAAACCAACCGUCUUCAAGAUGCCUGGAAAAGUGUCUUAAGUGUCUUCCCCGACACCAACUGGGAGCUCUAUUCUUACAAUUGGUUCAUCGUCAACACCAGAAGCUUUUAUUAUGUUCGCCCUGAUGAUAAUCCGCCUGAGGACUGGAACGACGCAGUUGGUUUAGUGCCCUUUGCGGACUACUUCAACCAUGCAGCCAACGCACCUUGUGAGGUUGCCUUUGAUGGAGAUAAAUCAACAUUUAGAGCCACCGCUCGUCUUGAAAAGGGUGACGAAGUAUUUAUGAACUACGGAGAGCACCCUAAUGACUACCUUUUGGUAGAAUAUGGAUUUUUCUUGGAUAGGAACGACCAUGAUGCCAUUUAUUUGGAUGAUAUAAUUUUGCCUGACCUGAACUCAGAUGAUGUGGAAGGGUUACGCUCUCAUGGAUACAAUUACCACUUUGAGGUGGAUGCAUCUGGCGCCAGUCCCAGCGUCGAAGUUGCAGCAUCUCUGAAAUGCAUGACACGCUCAGAGUGGGAAGACUACGUGCUUGAUCCCUCGUCCUCGAAUCUCCUGCCCGAGGCUCGAAGGUUGAUCAGCCACUGGAUACAGGUAUAUGUGCAGGAAAGCAUUGUUGCAAUUGCAAAGAUCGAAAAUAUUCAGAGAGAAAACACCGCCUCAGAUCCACCGAACCGCCUCCUUAACAGCCAACACUCAACAUUGACAAAUCCACAGCGUUCAUUACUCCGACGGUGGACUCAAAUCAAGGACAUGGCUCAAGGCGCUUUACAUAACUUGUCAUGA